CGAAAACAACGCUCAGUGGCUGUGCGAGUAUUCCUGUACGGAUUUCGCCACGAUUACUGCCUGUUCCUGAUUCCUCUCCUAAGCGAGAAAUGCUUUGGAAUAUAUACUUGGGUCUUUUUCUGCUGCAGACGACAGCUCACUCAGCCCGUUCAGCCUUGGAGCCGGGGUUAUACCCGCGGUUCGUUCAUCGACACCGUGAAGGUACACCCCUUGACUGCACCCAUGCAUUAUAUACCCAUGAAGGCCACCAACAAGCGGCAAUGCGGCCAUGUACUUGCUUUCCUACCUGUCGUUCCUUCGCUCCUUCCAGUGCGACAAGGGUGACACCGUGAUAGCCGCCCCUCUCGUUGCAUCCUGGGUCGGGUUGCACGCACGAGAGAGGAGGGGUGCGAUCAUUAUUGAAAUACUGUUGGCUUCUUGUCAAGAUAUCCGCCAGAAACCAGACGGAGGCAGUCUGAUUUCUAUCCUAUAGCCAGCAGCUACGGAGUAGUUAUCUAUAACUACAUGGACAAUUCUCAAUCUAAAAUGAUUGCGAUCGAGACUUUACCACAGCGAGACAGGGCUCUGCCCAAUGAGCCCUUCUUCGGCAAACUUCUAGGCUUGUUACAACUUGGAGACGACCAUGUUGCUAUUGAUGACCCAUAUUCCGGCAUCAAGGCGAGUAUUUCCCAAUUUUUGAACGAUGUGCUGGCAACCAGAGCUGCCAUCAGACGUGCAGCGCCUGCGGGAUGCUUGACCAGCACGAACAAGUCAGAGGCCUCAUGUCUUGUCUUUGCACCAGACUUGGAAGCAAAAGCGCUGGCGAUUCAACAGUCGACUUCCUUAGGCCUGGUUCCCAUAUCAUUUGCCGCGGAUACAACCGACGGGGAACACGCAUGUCAGAUUGAUAUCAAAAUCAAUGAGGGUCUUACAAUUGAGCCUACUCGCCCCAGUCUCGUUCUGGGUACAUCCGGAAGUACAGGGCCGCCCAAGGGAGUCGUUCUGACGCGGGAUUUCUACAAUAUCCCUAUGCCAGAUGGUGACCCUGAUGAUGUAUUCAUCACCAUGAUCACGGCCAUGAACUGGGUCGGUGGUGUCUGGCCCCCAACGAAGCUGCUGAUAAAUGGCGUGAGAAUCGAAAUAUUUGAUUCCCAGCCCAGCAGGCCCGAGGUGGCUUGGAACCGGCUUCGACAGGGCGGUGUUACCUUCCUCAUGGCCCAUUCAAACGUGUGGAUGAGCAUGAUGAAGUAUUAUAUUAACGAGCUGAGUAGUUUAUCGCCAGAGGAGCUAGAGCCAUAUCGCCAUGGCGCACGGGAUGUCAAGUUAGCCAUGGCUGGCGCGAUACCAAUAUUCCCUCCAGUACUCAAGUUCUGGAGAGAGAUAUUCGGCCACCCCUUAAUGAACCUUUACUCUGCCGCCGAGAUGGGAGGAUGUGGGCUCCGUACUGCAGCAGACGUUGAAGAGGAUGUCGAGCGAUCUGCCGGAACCCCUUAUGGCCAGUUAGAGGUGAAGUUGUCUGAGGGUGAUCACGGCGAGAUUCUGAUUAAGGGGCCUACAGUGGUUUCUCACUACCUGGGAGAUCCCAAAGCCACAGCAGAUGUCUUUGAUGGUGAGGGCUUCUACAAGACGGGAGACAGAGGUCAUAUUGCGAACGGCGUUUAUAUCAUUGAUGGCCGGCUCAAGCACGACUGCAAGUAUUCCUUUUACCCGGCUAUGCCCUGA